UGAAGAAGUCUCCUGUUAAAGUCUUUUCAACCUUGUACACUUAUAGCCUCUCAAUCAAAGUUUCUUCACCGCUUAUCAACUAGACAAAAAAAUCCAUGUCUUGUUCUUCUUCUUCUUCGUCUUCUCAUCAGUGGAAACACGACGUGUUCGUGAGUUUCAGAGGCAUCGACCUGCGGAACAACUUCAUAUCGCACCUCUUCCAUGGGCUGGACCAGGCGGGGAUCGACUACUUCAGCGACGACAACAGAGAAGACACUGGGGAGGAGAUCCAGGGCAAGAUCUUCAGAGCGAUCCACUGCUCCAGGUUCGCCCUUGUCGUGUUCUCCCCGAACUAUGCCGACUCCAAGUGGUGCCUGUACGAGCUGGUCGAGAUCCUCGAGUGCAGAAGGCAGCUCAAGAACCACGGCCACAUGGUUGUUCCCAUCUUUCACGGCGUAAAACCUGCUGACGUUUCGAACUUGACGAGCGGAAGCGAAUUUGCACGAGGUUUCGAGAGGCUGUGUAUGAACAAGAGAGACGAUGCGCAGAUACGAAUAUGGAGGGAUGCCCUAACAGAGGCUAAGCAUUUGUCGGGUUUUGAUUUGAAGCACCACGUCAAUGGAAAUGAAUCGAAGCUCACCGAAAUAGUAGUCAAGUACCUUAUCGAGAAAAUUCGACCAACACGAUCUCUCUACUUCGUGAAAAACACAAUUGGAGCAGAUCAUUUGGCAGAAGAUAUGAUUUCCUUGCUAGGAAUUUGCCCCUUAAGUAGAAGGACAAGAAAAAGUUUUUUGGUUGGCCAAAAGGAGGAAGUGCGCAUGAUCGGCAUAUGUGGUAAGGAAGGUAUAGGUAAGACAACAGUGGCGGGAGUUACUUGUAAUAACAUUCUUGGCGAUUUCGAUUGUUUUGUCUUUCUCGAUAAAAUUGGGGAAGCAAAUCGGAGUGAUCUUCUCGGCUUGCAGAAAAAGUUACUUCAAAAUCUCAUGAAGGUGAAAGGACUGAAGACGUAUGACGACAUUCACACCAACAUCAAUGAGAUAAAGAGUAUCAUGUAUCGUAAAAAGAUGCUUCUUGUUCUUGAUGAUGUUACUAAGAAAGAACAAAUGGACUAUUUUGGAGCUGGAGAGAGAGAAUCGUUUCACCCCGGGAGUAUAAUCAUGGUCACAACAAGAGAUCGAACUUUGCUGAAAGUUCUCAAGGUAGAUGACGAGUACAUUGUCAAAGGAUUGAGUCCAGACGAAGCACUUCAACUCUUUCGUCGCCAUGCCUUCAAGAGAGAAGAACCUAAAGGAUAUGAGGAGUUGUGUAAAAAUCUAACUCAUUAUGCAGGAGGUCAUCCACUGGCUCUUAAAAGAUUAGGUUCCUAUCUUAGUAAUAAGUCAAAAGAUCAUUGGCAUGAAAUAUUGAAUAAGUUGGUGAGGAGCCCUCAUCUCGAUUGCAUUGAUGGAGAUAAUAGUUCACUCUCUCCUCCAUUGCAAUCAGUUGGGCCAUACGGAGGUCAAGGUGGCGUUUCUUAUGAUGAUGGAACAUACACUGGUGUAAGGCAAAUUAGUGUCCUUGUUAAGUCGGUUAUCGAAUCCAUCACCAUUGAUUAUGAUCAAGAUGGGUGUUUGAUGCGUUCUCUAAAGCAUGGUGGACAUCUUGAUGGCGAAACUUAUACGGUCAAGCUAGAUUAUCCAAAUGAGUACUUGACUUCAAUCUCGGGCCAUAUAAGAGACGACCAAACUCCUAUUGUCAUUCAAUCUCUCAAAUUCCAUACCAACAGAAAGACAUACGGACCAUUUGGCUCUGAACAAGGGGAAUCUUUUCAUUUUCCACAAGUUGAUGGGGCAAAAAUUGUUGGGUUCCAUGGAAAAUGUGGCAAGCAUCUUGAUUCAAUUGGAGCACACUUUGGGCCAAUUUCUCAUGCUUAUCCUUUUGAAGUUGUGGGACCAUUUGGGGGUAGUCAUGGUAUGGACAUUUGGGAUGAUGGGAAAUACACAGAUGUAAGGAAAAUUGUCGUAGGCUUCGAUUCAGUAGUCAAGUCUAUCUCUACUUUAUAUGACAAGUAUGGACAUCCAGUUGGUCCCCUCUCACAUGGCACAAAUGAAGGAGGCAAAACAUAUGAGAUUAAACUGGACUACCCACAUGAGUAUUUGACUUCGGCCUCAGGCCACACAGAAAACGCUUCUGGAGUUGUCAUCCUUAAGUCAUUAACAAUCCAUACUAAUGUAAAGAGUUAUGGACCAUUUGGAACAGCAGAAGGAAGGUACUUUUCAUUUCCAUACACCGGCGGCAAGAUCGUCGGGUUCCAUGGGAGUUGCGACGGCCCUCGUCUCGAGUCCAUCGGAGCUUUCUAUGAGCCGAUUCCUCAUACAUAUCCUGUUAAGGUUUUUGGGCCUUUUGGAGGUGCAGGUGGAGAUUCCUGGGAUGAUGGACAAUAUGCUAAUAUAAAGAGGAUUCUUGUCCGCUACGAGUCAUCCAUUAAUUCCAUUGAUUUUGAUUAUUUCAACAUGGAUGGUUCUAUUCGAUCCGCUAGGCAUGGUUCAAAACUCCAGGGACGUAUUUAUGAGGUUAUAUUGGAUUACCCAGAUGAGUUUAUAACGUCAGUUGCGGGUUUCUUCACCGCCACUAUGAAUUCGCUCACAUUUCGAACUAAUAAAAGAAUAUGGGGACCGAUUGGUAGAGAGGACGGGCAGUACUUCUCCUUACCAUCGGAAGCUGGCAAAAUUAUCGGAUUCUUUGGGAGAAGUGGUGAUUCUCUUGUAUCUAUUGGAGCACAAAUCGAGCUACACUCUAACAUGCUCUACCCCUUCAAGUCUGUGGGAUUAUUUCAGAGUUCAAGUGGGUCAUCUUGGGAGCUCUAUCCCUUUGAGCGUUUGGAUUUAUUUCGGAGUUCAAGUGUGUACUGUUGGGAUAAUGGCAAUGAGCAUACCAAUGUAAGGAAAAUCAUUGUUGAAUUCGAAACAAGUAAAUGGCCAUUCAUCCGAUCAAUUCGGUUUCAGUACGAAGAGGAGAAUAAAAAAUUGUGGCAAUUAGAGGCACAUGAUGGAGUUGAUGGAAACACAUUAAAUAUAGGAAGGAAUGUCAAGAUCCAUACGAUUGAAAUACAUGAUCCAGAUGAGUAUCUGACUUCUAUAUCCGGGGUCAGGUUGGGCGGCAUUAGAUCUCUCACGUUUCAAACUAACAAAAGAAUGAUUGGACCUAUUGGUAAAGAAUGGGGCAAACACUUCUCAUCUCCUGCGACAGGUGGCAAAAUCGUUGGAUUUUAUGGGACGAGUGGAGAACAACUUGAAGCAAUUGGAGCGUAUUUUGAACCAAUCUCAUGUCUUUACCCAAUUAAGUCAAUUGGACCAUUUGGAGGCCUAGGUGGAUGUGUGUGGGAUGAUGGGACAUUCAGUGGUGUGAGGGAGAUUGAGGUAAUGUAUGACUUUGUUAUCCGUGGCAUUAUGUUUGUGUAUGACAAGAGCGGUGAACAAGUUUGCUCAGUCAUGCACGGUAGCCGCACCGGACAAUUCAAGUCCAAGGUUAAAUUGGAUUAUCCACGGGAGUACUUGAUAUCGAUCUCUGGUUAUAAGCGAGAGGAUGGCGACAACGUCAAUAAUGCUAUUGUCGAGUCGCUCACAUUUCACAGUAAUAGAGGAAGACACGGUCCAUUUGGCAAGGACACGGGGAAGCACUUUUGGUAUCCAUCGACCGGAAGCAAAAUUAUCGGCUUCUAUGGAAGAUGCGGCGAGGCUCUCAAUUCGAUAGGAGUGUACGCGGAACCCCUACCGCACCUGUAUCCUUUCAAAACUAUUGGACCCUUUGGAGGUACUGGUGGGACUCCAUGGGACGAUGGAGUGCAUUCUGAUGUGAGGGGGUUUGAGAUCAAUGCCCACUUGGUAAUUCAUUCCAUCCGAAUUCUGUACGAUGACAAUGGUUCCUUCGUCAUAUGCUCUCAUCAUGGCAGAGAAGAACACCAGUCUUCAAGGCACCAGUCUUCAAGGCACCAGGUCAUGCUUGAUUAUCCCAAGGAGCGCCUAGUUUCGAUAUCGGGCUACCGGAAAGGAAAUGAAAACAGUCCUGAUACUACCAUCUGCGACUUGAAAAUACACACCACGAAGACCACUUACGGGCCGUUUGCAUGGAAAUCAUGGUUAAAGGAUGAAGGUGAUUUCCAUAUCCCAUCCGCUUUAGGUGGUGGCAGGAUUGUUGGCUUCUUUGGAAAGGCAGGAUCACAUCUUAAUUCUAUUGGAGCCCGCUUGGAACCAUACUAGACUAAACCCCUCCCACCUGAAGCUUUUUGUUUUUCCCCUACCUUGGCUUGUGAUUGUAAGAAUGUUCUUUGGAGAAAUUGUUCAAUCAAUCAUUAACUUAUUGUAUAGAUGCGAAUGUUCUUAAGAGAAAUUGUUCGAUCAAUCAUUAACUUAUUGUAUAGAUGCGAAUUUAAUUCUAUACAUUUUCAAUUUUACCCAUUUAA